AUGAAUAUCACACAAAGAGCGAGAUAAUAUUUUAGCAAACUCAUAAGAUUUCCCACUGCAAUUUCAAAUCAUGAGAUGAUAGAUUCUCUUGCUCCUGAGUUCAAUAGUGCAUAAACAUCAGGAACAAGAUAAUUAAAAAGUCACAAAGAGUUAAUAUAAGAAAAGGAAUAAAUCAGGGCUGAUAUGGAAAGUUUCAACCAAACCAAUAAAACAGCAUAAUAAGAGUAUUAAAUGAACAAGGAAAGUACUAUAUAAAAAUUAGACUCUGUUCCUUCGCUUAGAUUCCAUAAUCACGAGAGAGCAAAUCUCCAAAGUUUCCAUUAAAAUUUGCAAAAAAAAUUUGACGAUCACACAACUCGAUAACUCAGUUUUCCUAUCAGACACCAUAACUUUGAACACAUGGGUCCUUACCUUAGACACUACUUGAAUAACCAUGGCGAUUCUUUCUAAAAAUAUAAAGACUACAAUAGUCUAAGAACUAGACAAUUUGAGAAAGAAGUGGUUCACUGGUUCUCAGAGUUAUACAGAUCUCCAAAUCCAGAAAGAGUAUGGGGUUACAUGCCUUCAGGUUCAACGGAGAGUAAUUUAUAAGCAGUAUACUUGGCAAGAGAGUAUUUCAAAGAUCACUAGGAUGUGGCAGUUUUCUUUUCAUAACAAGCUCACUCAUCCCUGAACAAAAGCAUUUACUAUCUAAGGAUGAAUUCAUUCAGUUAAUUAGCUAAAACCAAGGGAUAUACAUUGCCGAUGGAACUUUAAGAAAGAGGUAUGAUCGAGUGGCCUGAAAGAGUUCCUACUCUUGAGAAUGGUGAAAUCGACACAGAAGUAUUGUAAUAUUUAUUAAGAUCAUUUGCAGAUUAAAGAAUUCCAAUUGUGCUUUCACUUACUGUUGGCACUACCUCUGGCUCUGCUUUUGAUAAUGUAUAAAAGGUGAUUGAAGCUUUGAAUUCGUAUGAGUUCUAUAAAGAUAACAGAAAUCACUGGAUUCAUAUUGAUGGGGCUUGGUGCGGCCCUUAUGCAAGACUAUUAGAUAUUGCAAGCUAAAAUAAAAUGAAUAACUUGCCUAUUGAAGAAAUAAAGAAUGCUUAAUUUGAUUUUUCUCUGGAAUAGGUGAAGAGCAUUACUACUAGUAUACAUAAGUGGAUUCCAUCUCCGUUCCCAUCAUCAAUUUUAUUAAUUAGAGACAAGGAACUCAUGCCCUCCGAUAAUCUCAAAGAAAUCUACAUCAGAGGGUAAGACUAUACUCUGACAACUUCAAGAAGUGGGCAUGCUCCCUUAUUUACAUGGGAUUACUUAAUGACAAAGAAUUUGAAAGAUCAUGUUGAUGAAGCCUUGUUUUCACUUGACUUAGCUAUAUAUAUGCACAAAUAGAUGGAAAAAAUUGAGAAAACUCUUGGAAUUAAUUUAAAAAUAUGCAGAGGUAAACUGGGUCUAAAUAUAAGAUUUAAAAAACCAUCUGAUGAGAUCUGCUAUAAAUAUGGUCUACUAGUACUAGGCAAUGAAGCUGUUGUGUUUAUAAUGCCGGACAAGUCUAAGGAACUUUGUGAUAAUUUUAUUGAAGAUCUUUAGAAUGACCUAAUUUUUCAGGAAGAAUAAUGA